AUGUUAAAACAAUUAUCAGAACCCUUAAAAUCAUUCCAACAAAUAACCUUAUUUGUUAUUGUCCCAUUACUUAUUGCAGUGCAUGCAGAAGAAAUAUCUGUUACUGUUGCGUUUGAUAUAAUUGUAUGGUAUAUAGCAAUAAGUUUUGGUGUAUAUAUAUUUAAAACACCAUUAGAAUUAUAUUUUAUAGUAAAAGAUAAAACUAGACAGUUAAAAGAAAAUAAACAAUAUUAUGAUAAAGAUUCUUAUCAUCAAAAAGAUGUUGAACUAUACCAAUUAGAAUGGAGAAUGUUUAUAUUUUCAAUAUUAUCACCAUUUUUAGCAUUAUUUAGUUGGUAUGGUUUGGAAAAGUUUUGUAUGGCAUAUUCUCUAACAACAUUAAGCAAUUUAUUGCAUCCAUAUUUUAUAAUUAUUGCAGGAUUUCUUACAUCCUAUCAACCUAUAAUUGGCUUCAUGACUAAUUUUAAAGAAAGAUUGGAUUCCAUUUAUCCAAGAAUAACAUAUGAACCAACAUCUGGUUUAAAUGACUAUAAACAAUAUCAGCAACAACAACAACAAUCACAAAAUAGGAAUAGUACGGAGGACUUAGGAUGUUCAUCAUCAUCGUCAACUUCACCACCACCACCAUCAUUAUUUGCAUCUUCAGAUAAUAUUGUAAAUUUAAUGAGUAGCCAAGAAGCACAAUUUAAGAAUUUUGUUUUUAAUCAUACAAAGAGUAGUGAAGAUGGUUUAAGAAAUGAAUUGGCUCAAUUUAGAUUGGAAUUUUCAAAUUAUAUUAAAAAUUUAAAUGCAGAUAAUAAUCAACUAAAAAGAGAUAUUAGAGAUUGGACUUCAAAGAAAUCAAAUGAAAUAACCAAAAUUGAUUCAAGAAUGUUAUCUCUUGAAAAUCAAAUGGAGUUAUUACAAAUGUUACUGGAAAAGGAAAAAGCUUCAUCUUCAUCCUCUUCAAAAUCUGAUAUAUUUAGAAUUUUAACUCCAUUUUCUCAAAAAAUGUUAUCUUUAAAAUAA